AUGGAAUUGCGGGGGAGCUAUAUUUGCAGCGGCUGGGUGGUCGGAAUUGGAAGCAGAAGAAAAAGAGAAUCGCGUAAAUUGUCUCCGGCGCCUCCCUAUUUUCCCUGCGGCGGGCGCGGCGCUUGCGCCCGCCCCGCGAGCCUCUCGCUUGAGCGCGGGCCGCAGUCGCGCCCCCCCCCCCCAAACCGCGGCCACAACGGGGCCCCACCACGAGAGCCCAGCCGCCAGAAGCAUUUGUUCACUGUGCCGCGCUGUUCUUUGGCGUUCGCGUGUGUGAUGCUUAUCGUUCUCGGGCGGGGCCGGGCCCCGUGGUCCGGGCCGCGUUCUCCCAUCGCCCCCGGGGCCUCCAGGAACCGGCCGAGCCUGGCCGCCACCUGGCGCCCGCCCCAACGGGGGAGAAACACCAUUUCUCACACGCCCCUGCCCGCGCGGGGCGCAGCCAUUCUGGCCGCCGGAGGCGGGGGCCUCCACAAGCAACCCGCAUCGCCCUUAAAAAAACGCGGGCGCUUUGGCUGCCACAAAUUUGGUUGUUUUGCUGCCUUUUUUGCCGCCCCGCGGCCCCAGGCACUUCCCCACCGGAUCGCCCACGCCGGGGCUCCUUUUGGACGAAAGUUUUUCGCAACGCCAGCAUGGUCUUUUUGCAGGCUGGCGCCCCGGCGCUUUGAAAAGGUUGCUUUUUUUUCUUCGGUGUGCCCCCGGGUUUGGUCAGAAGUUUGCUUGCCGUUUGGCGGCCGUCGGGCCCGAAGGGCCCCGCAGAGAUCGCGUGGGGAUUCCGCGAUUCGGCGCUUGGGGCGGGCCAGUUGCGAAGAAACAGCAGGGCGCCCAAGAAGCCGCGAGAGUGGCGGCGCUGGGGGGCGCAGGGUGCCGGGCUUCGGAGGCGCCCGGGGAAUCACGAGGAGGAAAACGAGCCCCGGGAGGGCAAGGGCGCCGAAGGCGGAUUUCGCAACGUUCGCGCCGGCGCCAUGGCCUGAAGUUUCGCCGGGGCCGUGGCUCCCAAUAUUUUUAAACCUUCGAUCGGGGGAGCUCUUGAAAGAUUUUCUUUCCCUUCCCCGGACUGCUUCGCCGGCGUCUCUCAAAUUCUAUCCCCCUCCCCCCGUGUGCGAGACAAAGCUGCCAGCCGACACGCCACCCACACCAUCACAACCCGAAGGCGUACGCGGACAAGCUGCUGCUACUAAACCCCCUCCUUUUCUUCUUCUUGUCGGCCGCCUCUGCCGCCAAAGAAGCUGCGGGUGUCCGCGGCAGCGGGCGAAGGGCAACGCCCCCCUUGUGCGGGGAGAUGGCGCGCGGAGAAAACACGCCAGCCGUACAACGCACCCGCGAUGA